AUGGCCAGUUCAGAGUCCAGCGCGCCCACCGACCUCGACGCCCUCAAGAGCGCAAUCGACAUUCUCUCCGAAGCAAAACUCCGCCAGGUCCUGAAAUCGCUGUGCGAAAAGGUGCCCCAGGCUCGCGACGAAUGCUCUAGAGAUCUUCUUGUCGACAGCAGCAAGAAGCCGAUUGUCCAACAGGAGGGAGAAGAAACAACGGUCCUACAACCAGAACCGCGCGGAGUCAAGCGAUCCGUUGCCCGGUACGCGUUCUGUCGGAACUGCAAGGAGGAGUUUGACGUUACGGAGAAUGGAAAGGAUAGUUGUCGGUAUCACCCAGGUAAAUGGCUGACACCUUCAGACGACGACCCCCAGCCCACCGGCGAAGAUCUAUGGGUAGACAAUGAAUUCGGGGUUGACGACUCGAUGAUGGAGGCGUCGCCUGAGUCCUGGGAGUUUCCGUGCUGCGAGGAGACGUUAGAAAGCAACCCCGUGGGAUGCGUGGUGGAUUGGCACGUCGAGGGGCCGUUUGAGCAGAAGCAGAAGCGCAUCCGCGGUCGGCAUUGGAGUUGUGAGCCUUGA